AAGUUACUAUGUGCACUAAACAUCACUAAAGAAACGUUAGAUUGUAAGGUAGAGAAGAGAAAAGAGAAAGCACUGAGACAAAAGAGAGAUAUGAAUGUUUGAAAAUGGCGAACCCUAGAAGGAGCUCAUAUUCAAACCCAACCAACAUCUCAGACAGUCCAUCACUUCAGAUUCAGGUACAACAACACAGCCAAAGCCAAAGCCAAAGCCUAAGUCUAAGCCAGAGCCCCUGGUAUUUGUCUCUCCUUCACUUCCUGAAGAAGCCCCACGCCUUCCCUUUCCUCCUCUUUGUCUUCCUUCUUCUCACAUGGCUCUUUCUCCGAAUCCAGCGCUCUUCCUACCUCUCCACCCAUUCUCCUCGUCUCCUUCCCGCACCUCAUCAAUGGAGCCACGUCGAUGAUUCCCGUGCCAAACUUCGAAGAUUCUUUUAUGGGUUUCCUUCUCCUGUCUCUAAGGACCAGAGGGGUUGGUUAAUCAACCCCAUUUCUCUCGCCCUUGACUCUGGCCUUUUGGGUGGAGCUGUAAGUUGUGCAUCAGUUCAUGUUGGAGAGAUUCGACCUGGUGGCUUACGCGGAAAUCAUAGACACUACUCUUGCAAUGAAACAUUUGUCAUAUGGGGAGCUAAAACAAAAUUCAGGCUGGAGAAUAGUGAAGCAAAAGAAGGUUAUGUGGAAGUGAUAAUCGGUGCAGAUGAGGUUGCUGUUGCGGCUAGCCCAAGUGGAACUGCUCAUGCUAUAAUAAACAUGGAUCAGAUGCGGACUGCGUACUUGUUAGGAUGCCAAGACAGCAUUGUAAACUACAACCGCUCAGCAACUGACUUUAAUGUUUGGAAAGAUCUUUAAGUUUAUCUUUCCCAUCUUUCCAGACAAGCGUUCCAAUCUAAGUGAUUUGGGAGUCUAUGAUGUCUAUAUGUUUGUAUAUUAUAGUGCUGCACAUUGGGUGGGUUUGUCGGGUUCGAAUCAGGUCGGGUUUGGGUGGAGAAGAAUUAAUACCGAACCCAACUAAAAUGGGUACGGGUGGGAUCGGGUUCCUUGUUUUUUCUAAAUGCCAUUUUUUUUUUUACAAAAUUAGACUUUUAACUACAAUUUGGUCUAUUCAUUUUUGUGAACUUUUAUCAUUAAUUAAAAAUAUAAUUCUUAGUA